AUGAAUGCAGAGUUGGAAAUGAUUGAAAAGAACAAUACUUGGGAACUUGUUGAGAGGCCAGUUGAUAAACUUGUUAUAGGUGUGAAAUGGGUGUUUAAGACUAAGCUUAACCUGGAUGGAACAAUUCAAAAACACAAGGCCAGGCUUGUAGCCAAAGGGUAUACACAGAAACCUGGGAUUAACUACAAUGAAACCUUUGCACCAGUGGCAAGUGAGAAGAUGCUUACUGAGUACAAAAGAGAGAUGAUGCAGAGAUAUGAAAUGCCAGAUCUUGGACUUCUACAUCAUUUCUUGGGCAUGGGGAUAUUACAAAUUGAUCAAGGAGUAUUCAUCCACCAAAGCAAGUAUGUCAAAUCUCUGCUUGUGAAAUUUGGACUUGAAGACUGCAAACCAGUAUCCAUUCCUUUGCCCACUGGUGAAAAACUUAAGAAAGUGGAUGAGAGUGAAUUGGCUGAUGAAGGGCUUUACAGGAAAAUAGUGGGAAGCCUACUGUAUUUAACAGCAACUAGACCUAAUCUAAUGUAUGCUGCAAGUUUGCUAUCAAGGUUUAUGAAUAGUCCUACCAAGAAGCAUCUGGGGGUUGCACGAAUGGCAGGAAGAGAAGAUGAUAGCAGAAGCACCUCUGGUUAUGCAUUUAGCUUUGGCAGUGGAGCAUUUUCUUGGGCAUAUGUGAAACAAAACACAGUGGCACUAUCAACUGCUGAAGCUGAGUAUGUCUCAGCAUCUGAGGCAACAUCACAGUCCAUUUGA